AUGGGAGACAUGGGGGACCCGCCGAAAAAGAAGCGGCUCGUCUCGCUGUGCGUGGGCUGCGGGAACCAGAUCCACGACCAGUACAUCCUGCGCGUGUCCCCAGACCUGGAGUGGCACGCGGCUUGUCUCAAGUGCGCGGAGUGCAGCCAGUACCUGGACGAGUCGUGCACGUGCUUUGUGCGGGACGGAAAGACCUACUGUAAACGGGACUAUAUCAGGCUGUACGGAGUCAAAUGUGCCAAGUGCAACAUCGGCUUCAGUAAGAACGACUUCGUGAUGCGCGCACGAGCGCAGGUCUACCACAUCGAGUGUUUCCGGUGCGUCGCGUGCAGUCGCCAGCUCAUCCCCGGGGAUGAGUUCGCUUUGCGUGAGGACGGACUGUUCUGCCGCGCGGACCAUGAUGUGGUGGAGCGCGCGACCUUGGGCCCCGGGGACCCCCUGAGUCCGCUGCACCCCGCUAGACCACUGCAGAUGGCAGCGGAGCCAGUGUCGGCGCGUCAGCCUGCGCUCCGACCUCACGUGCACAAACAGCCGGAGAAGACCACACGAGUGCGCACGGUGCUCAAUGAGAAGCAGCUCCACACCCUGCGCACGUGCUACAACGCCAACCCCCGACCCGACGCCCUCAUGAAGGAGCAGCUGGUGGAGAUGACCGGCCUCAGCCCCAGGGUCAUCCGCGUGUGGUUCCAGAACAAACGCUGCAAAGACAAGAAGAGAAGCAUCCUCAUGAAGCAGCUACAGCAGCAGCAGCCCAACGACAAGACGAACAUCCAGGGUAUGACGGGGACUCCUAUGGUGGCGGCCAGCCCGGAGCGCCACGACGGAGGUCUGCAGGCCAACCCUGUGGAGGUGCAGACGUACCAGCCCCCCUGGAAGGUCCUCAGUGAGUUCGCCCUGCAGAGCGAGCUGGAGCAGCCCGCCUUCCAGCAACUGGUCAGCUUCUCGGAGGGAGGCCCCGGUUCCAACUCGACGGGCAGCGAGGUGGCGUCCAUGUCGUCGCAGCUGCCGGACACGCCCAACAGCAUGGUGUCCAGCCCCAUAGAGGCCUGAGCGGACACGUGCACGCGCGGUGACCACCUCAUGGCCUGAGCGGACACGUGCACGCGCGGUGACCACGUCAUGGCCUGAGCGGACAAGCGCAGCGCGUGGCCGUACACUGUGAAGACAAUCAAGGAUUAUUCCUGACGUCAUACCGACGGAGCCUCACGCGCGUUGCCGCAGAGACUCGGGAC